AUAAACAUCAUAAACAUUAAAAGAGUACCAAAAAAAAAAAAAAAAAUAUCCUCGUUGGUACGUGUUGGCGAAGGAGUCUUGUCUCUAUCGACUAAAAAUUCUCCAAAUUUCUAGUGACGCUCACCUUCUCUGUCAAUCCUAUCUUCUUACUCACUAGAAUAUUAUAUAUAUACUCUUUUUCUUCUUCUUGUUCCCAUUCCUAUAAAUUCUCUUUUUAUCCAAAUCUACAUCUCCAUUCCCAGCAAUGUUUGUUUCUGACAUUCAAGUUAAUCUUGGUCUUUGCUAGGAGCCUAGAGCAAGAUGGAAGUAACAGGUGGUUAGAACCUUUAGAUUCUUCUAUGGCAUUGGAAGGUACUUUAUUAGGUAUUUGGGAAGUGCUUGAGGUAGCAGAUAACUUAUGGAACAUAGAAAGUGGCAGCAGCAAGGGUCUUACAGCAAACAUGGUUAACCACAGAACUCGAAGAACUGGAAUGGAAUUUGAUUCUGAUUUGGCGAAGCAUAGGAAAUCAUUUACCAUUACUUCCCUAGUCAUCACUUCUGCAGAAUCUUUUAUCCCUUGGUCUUCUAUGAUUGCCAUCAGUGAAGGAUAUCAUGAACUUCUUUAGUCAACUGAUAAUUAUUUAAUUACUUUAUACUUCAAUUUGAGAAAACUUCUCUUCAUUGAUCAUAUCUCUGUCAAAUCUUUUGAUAUAAAAAAUGCCUGGUGUUUUAUGUGGAACGAAGACAAUCACUGCAUCAAGGAUGUGUUUCACAGAUUUCAGCCAGCAAGAUGGUCUAGGUUGUACCAAGAGUGAGUCCUAUUUAACUUAUUGUGUUGCUGAUGAUUUCUAUUGCCCCAUUUUGCCUGGACUGCCAGAUGAUGUGGCAAAGUAUUGCCUUGCACUUGUUCCCCGAUCAAAAUUUCCUGUUAUGGGUGGUGUCUGCAAGCGAUGGAGGUCAUUUAUCCAAAGUGAAGAGUUCAUCAGCAUCAGAAAGCUAGCAGGCCUGCUUGAGGAAUGGCUUUAUGUCCUGACUGUAGAUGCUGAAGGAAAAGAAAGCUACUGGGAGGUUUUAGACUGCUGUGGGAACAAACAUCAUCAGCUCCCACAGAUGCCCGGUCAUAAAAAAGCUGCUUUCGGCGUUGUAGUUCUCAAUGGUAAACUUCUUGUUAUAGGUGGUCAUUCCAUGAUUGAUGGAUCUGGGGCAGACUCAGCUGACGUCUAUCAAUACGAUUCUUACUUGAACAGCUGGAGCAAAUUGGCUAGCAUGAAUGUGGCACGCUAUGAUUUUGCUUGUGCUGAGGUGAAUGGAAUGGUUUAUGUGGUUGGUGGUUAUGGAAUAGAUGGUGAAUCUCUUUCUUAUGCCGAGGUGUAUGAUUCAGAUAAAGAUAAGUGGACUCUGAUUGAGAGCCUUCGCAGGCCAAGGUGGGGCUGUUUUGCAUGUGGAUUUGAGGGAAAGCUCUAUGUUAUGGGUGGUCGAUCAAGUUUUACAAUAGGAAAUUCAAGGUUUGUUGAUGUGUAUAACCCCAAGAAUCAAACUUGGUGCCAGAUGAGAAAUGGCUGUGUAAUGGUUACUGCUCAUGCUGUUCUGGAAAAGAAGCUUUUCUGCAUGGAGUGGAAGAACCAGCGAAAACUUACUAUUUUCAAUCCCGAGGACAAUUCAUGGAAGAUGGAACCAGUUCCAGUGAUGGGGAGCUCAAGCAUUCGGUUCCAAUUUGGAAUACUGGAUGGGAAGCUUUUGCUGUUUUCUCUGCAAGGCGAUAAUACUCUGGUAUAUAAUCCUCAUGCAGCUCCAGAAUCACACUGGCAGACUUGUGACAUAAAGCCAUCUGGUGUGUGCCUAUGUACUGUUACAAUCAAGGCAUAAAAAUUGAAGGACUUCAAUCUGAUCUUUAGAUUAUGGCUUCUCCUCUAAAUAUGGUUUUUGUCUUGCUGCUAAAUAUUCUACUAAAUUAUCCCAUCACAUGCUACUGUAUGUACGUUAGGUUAGACUAUAGUGUUGAAUAGUUUAAUUCCUUGAACUUGGUUUUCAUGUAAUUUUAUCAAAUUGUAAAUAAAAGAAAUAAUUCGUUGUG